AUUUGCAGGAAGUGAUUUAUUUACUUGGACACCGCCCGAAAAUUAUGUAGUCAGCGGCAGGAUUAAAAGAGAAAUAUUUAUCAUUUGCCUUAUUGAUACAACUAUAUUAUUACAAAAUGUUUGAAAUUCCUGAUGGAGAUGAUGAUUUAUGGAAUGACGAUUGGUUUGAACCAUUUGCGAAAAUGCAGGGCAAGAAUGGGUCAGAGAUCAAGGUCAAGGAAAAUCCUCGCCACACUCCUGUCCUAGACAAUGAAUGUCUCUCUGCAAGUAAAUCAUGCAGCAGUGACAAGAAUAACAGAUCAGCCUUGGCCACAAACAUGAGCAACAACCAGCAACCAAAAAUUUCCGCAAACAAGCCUGGGCCUAAUAUAAUUUUAAAUGAGCUACCAAGUAAAACUGCUGCUGCUGGUGAUAUAUUGAAUUUGAGCACUAAUAUAGUGUCUAAUACUAAAGCAGCUGGUGGCAGCCUUUGUUUGCAAAGUGGCGACAGUUCCAAUCAACUGACAAAUCAAUCAUCUCAUAAUAUGUGCAUCAAUAUAAGACAAGUGCCUGCUGGCAGUAAUGAAGAAAGUGAAGUAUUUGCAAACAUUUUCCCUCUACCAAGCAAGUCUGUUGUAGACCUCAAGACACCAAAUCGGAAAAGGAAAUUUCCAGGUCCUGCUGGUAUACUUCCUAAACUUAGCAGUGGACAGUGUUUAGAUGCCCUGUCUCCAAGCAUCCUUGCUAACCAGAGAGUUUCUCCAGAGAUCAGCAAAUCCCCCACGGAAGAAUCAUGCCCAGUUCUGUCCCAGACCAGUGAAGAUGUGUUUGUGGACACCCCAUGGCAGUCUCUGAUGCGAGACCUUGGUACAGAGGCACCCAGGCUGCUCAACAAGUUCUCUAUAGCUGCCACACAGCUUCUGGCAGGCAAGAAGCAGUUAGUUAACGGGAAGGCUGCCCUGGUGUUUGGAGUUAUUGACAUGGUGGAGAGCCAUGGAGCUGAGGCUAGCAUCACAAUCAGGGACCCUUCAGGUCGGAUGCAUGGCACCGUGCACAGAGACUUACUGAAGGACCACGAAGCAGAGAUGCAGACUGGAACAUGUCUGGUCCUUAAACAGGUGAGCAUCAUAAGUGUUGGGAGCCGCAAACACUAUCUGAACAUCACGCCCAACAACCUGGUGUCCGUGUACCAGACCAGGCAGGGGGAGCUCACCUCGCGCCACUUCCACAGCAGCCAGGACUCUCUGUAUUCUGUGCUAGCGGCCCUGGAAGCCAAGGCAGCCUCGGAGCAGAGUAGUCUGAACAACAGCCUCACUGGAACCCCACAAUCCAGCUCAGGACGGUCCAGAUUAUCAAGCACUGGCACUCCCCAGCUUACUGGACGACUUCCAACAACGCCACAGUUGAAUCAGUUAUUCUCUGGACCAGGUUACAGAACACCAAAUUCAGGUUACAACACACCAGUCUAUAACAACUCUGCCCCCAACUCAAGAAGUGGGACACCUUUAGUGGGGCAAAUGGUUAACGGCCAGAAAACAUUUAACUCGGAAACAAAAAGUAUUUUAACGCAAACAUCUCAUCGUGGUCAAAACAUAAAUACUGAUACGCCAAUUCCUUCUUCCAAGCUAGGAUUUGACUUCAAAUCAAAGGAGUCAUUUUCAAAUGGCGAAAACACCAAUGCAAGCAAUUUGUAUAGUGGUCAGAAUCAAAACACUGCAGCAAAUGUGGGAAAUAGACAAGAGACAAAUUGUCCUCGAAAUAACGAUGCUUCAAAGAGAAAUGUUUCAAAUUGUGACAGUGGGAGAUCUCAAACCAAUUCUAAUCUAUUGAUCACAAGUGUUGUAACUGCUGGUAAGGUAUUAGGUGGAUUUCAAAACAAAUUGUCAAUUGAUAAUAUUUCUUGCAGCAUGAGAAGUGACACAGAAAAGUUUUUAGGGACUUCAAACACUGAUCUUCAGAAUAUUGGUAAUACAUUUUUGAAUUCAAGAUUAACAGUUGGAAAAGCUGUGAACAUUCAAUCUGCAAAAGGUGAUGGAAAAACUAUGGACAUUCAGUCUGCAAAAAGUGAUGGUAAAACUGUGGACAUUCAGUCUGCAAAAAGUGAUACAUUUUCUUUUACAAGAGCUUGUGAUCUCCAUAGUUCUACACCAAAUGUAAGCAACAGAGGUCGGUGGAAGUUCAGAUCACCUUCAUAUCAAAAUGUUAGUUUACCAAAUUCACCAAAUGUUGGAAUAAAUCAAUCAUGCUCUAACCAGGAUCUGUCCUUUGCCAAAUCCAAACUGGAUGAUAACAGCAGACUUAUUCCAGAAAUCCCUGCUAGAAAUCAGGGACAGAGAAACUGCCAACUGAGUGCUGUUGCUCCAAACACAAACACACAGAACACACAGAUAACUUUGUCCCCUAUUGAGGUAUCUGAUUGCAUUUUCAAGGCGAAGAAAUUACGAAGUGAUGCAGCAGUACCGAACAGUCGUUUAGCCAAUCCAGUAACUUCUGCCAGCACAACUAAGGUUGGAAAAUCUGCAACAGAAGACCCACUUUGGGAUGAUGAUUUAAAUGAAGACAUGCUGUCACAGCUUUCUGAGGACUUCUGAUUUGAAAGAACAGUUUAAGGAAAUGCAAGCAAAAGUUUUAAAAAGUUCAAAGCUGGUAAAAUUGAAUCAGUAACAUUGCUUAGAAUCAUAAGACAUUUACCUUUAUUGUUUUAUAUCACUAAACAUGUACUUGAACUUUGUUUUUGUCUUAUGCAUGAAUAAAAGUUUUAAAUUAA